AUGAAGAGGAUUUGCGAGAAGAGGAGCCUGAGCUCGAUCGAGCUGAGGAUCGAGCUGAGGAUCAGCUCAGUGAAUGCGGAUUUGGGUGAGCCUGAGUGCUAUUACUUUGAGGAGUAUGAGGCUCCAAGGAUGAACCCCUCUGUUGUGGCUGCCCACAAGAGGAUUGGACUUCUCCAAAGUUCAACAAGUGGCAAGGGAAAGCCAUGGAAAGAUGCAAAAGUCCAUGGACAAGAUGGUGAGCAAGAUCAAAAGUUUGGAGAAGAAGGUUUCUGGUUCUUCAAGCAAGAAGAAGAACCCAAGGCCCCCACUUCCCUAGGAGUAGAUCACUCCUCACCACCCAAGGAGGCUCCCUGCCCAAGAGCCUCACAGAGCCUCUUCUUUCGAGCCAAGGGAAGGAGAGACAACACGCAGAGAAGGAGGAAGAGUUCCAAGGCCAGACGCUCGACCACCGGACUCGAUCGAGACUUCCUCAGACCAUGGACCCUACAACCGCUUCGAGCGAGCACAGCUCCACCAAGGCCAAGGAAGCCACACCACUUUGAGAUGAAGAAGGAAGAAGAGAGCAAGCUCGAUCGAGUGACGAACCCAGUCGAGUGGAGUGCUCCUGAUGGCCGUCUCCCAUCUCCAGACCACGACCUUGCCUCCCAGUUCUUUGGGGGGCACUGA